AUGGCUGAACCACAGGAUAUGACAAUGGUGCCAGUGGAUGCUAAGGAUCAGGAAAAUGGCACUGCUGUAGCGGAGAUUGAUGGCACUACAAACAAAAAGGUUGUCAUUGAUGUGGAGAAGGAAACUGAAAAACCUGAGAGGAAGGAGUUGGCAUCAAGAUCUGAGAUGUGGCAACAUUUCAUCAAGUUUAAGGAUGAGAAAGGAUUUUUAAAGGCUGGAAAGUGCAAAUAUUGCCACCAUGACAUCAAGGCUGACCCAACUUCUCAUGGAACAUCUGCUUUGAAGAAGCACUUCAGUAUAUGCAAACGCAAUCCUCAUGUUUUCAACAAGGACCCGAAGCAGGGCACCUUGCAAGCAUGUCAUGGGGAAGCUCCAACCACUUGGAGGUUUGAUCAAGAUGCACUUAGAGAAGCCUUUGCUGAGAUGGUUAUUGAAGAUGAGCAGCCCUUUUGUUUUGGUGAGAAGCCUGGCUUUAUGAAAUUUAUGUCCAAAGCCUGUCCUCGUUUCCAGCCUCCAUCUAGAAGAACUUGCACAAGGGACAUUGUGCAUCAGUACUUUGAAGAGAAGGCCAAGCUAAAGAAGUUCUUCAAAGAAUCUUGUCACAGAGUGUGUCUAACAACAGAUGCUUGGACUUCUCAAGUUCAAGAUGGGUACAUGACAGUUACAGCAAGUUUCAUUGAUGAGUAUUGGCAUUUGCAUAAGAAAGUGAUAAGUUUUUUCAUGGUAAAGGGUCACAAGGGAGAGGAUAUUGGGAGAAACAUGACAAGAUGCUUAGCUGAUUGGGGUUUGGAUAAAGUAAUGACUGUAACAGUGGAUAAUGCAAGUGCUAAUGACACUGGUGUUGAUUACUUGAAGAAGCAUCUGCAGAAAACCAACAUUGCCAUGGGCAAGUUCAUGCAUAUAAGGUGUGGUGCCCACAUUUCGAAUCUUAUUGUAAGAGAUGGUUUGCAAGAAGUGGACCUAUCUGUAAAGCGUGUUAGGGCUGCUGUUAGGUACAUAAAAAAUGGGACUUCAAGAUUGGUCAAGUUUAAAGAAAUUGCUGAGGAAGAGAAAGUGGACAGCAAAUAUUUUCUGAAAUUGGAUUGUCCGACUAGGUGGAAUUCCACCUAUUUGAUGUUGAAGGCUGCAAUUGUGUAUGAAAAAGUGUUUUUAAAGUUAGCUGAAGAUGAUCCCAAUUAUGUUAUUGACUUGUCUGAAGCAAGAGAUGGUGUUGGGCAUCCUGAUGAAGAUGAUUGGGAAAAUGCAAAGAAGUUGGAAAAGUUUCUACAACAUUUCUAUGACCUUACUGUUCGUAUAUCUUCGUCUCUCCAAGGUACUAGUAACACUUUCUUCGAUGAGAUUGGAGAAGUUUGUCUUUUGAUACAAGAAUGGCUGAACAGUGAAGAUAGUUUGCAAGUUUCAAUGGGUAAAAGAAUGAAGGAGAAAUUUGAUAAAUAUUGGGGAGUUUGGCACACCAAUAGCAAGGAUAGUGAGAAAGGACAACAGCAAGAGCAAGAUCGGGAUAAAGGGAGAAGCAAGGGUAGGGGAAAGGAGAAUGAGAAAGAGAACAUCAACUUACUGAUAUUUGUGGCUGCAUUCCUUGAUCCAAGGUACAAGUUAUCUUUGUACCUCAAGAUUAGUGUUGAAGAGAUAUUUGGUGAGGAAAGAGGUCAAUUGGUUUGGACAGCAAUUAAUGCUUGUGUGAGAGAGCUUUUUGAAGAAUACAAGAACAUGUAUGCUCCAAGUGAAGAAAGUACUCCAGUAGUUGAUGCUGAUAAAUUAAAGAGAGUAGCUGGAGGAAUGCUUAAAGACAAAAUUGCCAAGAAGAUGAAGUUAACCAAUUGUUCUACCAGCACCAACAAAUCUGAACUUGAGAAGUACCUUGCUGAAGAAACAGAAGACAUAGAAUCCAAAAUUGACAUUCUUGCUUGGUGGAAAGUCAAUUCAUCAAGGUUUCCAGUUUUGGGUCACAUGGCUCGUGAUGUGCUUGCUAUACCCAUUACAACAGUUGCAUCCGAGUCAGCUUUUAGCACAGGUGGACGUAUUUUGGAUGACUUCUGUACCUCUCUUACUCCUUUCAUGUUGGAGGCUUUAGUAUGCACUCAGGAUUGGCUACGAAGGCCUGCUGUUGACAUGAGAGAGAUUACAGAAGAAUUGGCAAUAGCACAAAAAGAGUGGAUAGAAGAAUAUGGCGGUAAUGGGAAAAAGAAUGAACAGCCAUCUGUGACUGUUUGCACCAGCAACACCAAGUCACAGACACCAAGUAGUAAUGUUCAGAGCAUGUCGACGACGACGCUAAAUAGCCGAAGCCUUGAAGCAUGGAGAUCUCAGAGUCUGGAGUCUGGAUGGAGAAGGAGCCUUGGAGGCCUUUUGCAGAAUGCAGUUGCAGUUCAGUACUGA